AUGUACAAUAUUAUGGUUUCCGAGUACGGCGGUGGCGCGCGAGUAGUUUGGGCCAUGUCGGCGGGAGACCGAGAAGCGGAGGCUCAGGCCAAGAAGGGCGAUGACGCAGGCUCUAAUGACAGGGAUAGCAGAGCAGCUGCCGCGCUGAAGCAGCACUGGUGUGUAGGACUCAGAGCUCUUGAGUUGAUAAUAGCUGUCAUCGCUAUCGGCCUAAUCGUGGGUGCUCUCUACUCCCCUGAUGUAGUGCAAUCAAACCAUAGGCACAUCGCUCUCAUCUACGCAGCAUACUCCAGUUUCAUCAUCAUCACGGGCGUACUGCUCAUCGCGAGGCUGUUCGGCGAGACAGCGGGAUGGAGGACCUCUAUUGGGUUCUCUGUUCUAGGCGUCAUCAUGUUUGUUGCUGCUGCUGCCGUUAUAUUCUAUGAUUGGCACAGGUCAUAUUACGUGAACGUACGCCCGAACAAGCAAUCCUACGAUCUGCUUAUAUCUUCUGGAGUAUUUGCCGUGAUAGAAGCUGCAGUGUUUCUCGUACACGUCUUUAUUACUUUUAAAAUGGAGGCCGAUUAUUAA